AUUCGCCUCUGGAGAAUCACAGACGUCUAAAAUCCUAUUGAUUUCAGCUUUGGCUGCAAGAUCUCGUGGAUUAUAAAAACACUGAUUCUAUAAGCCCAGUCCAGUCUUGUCUGUAAACAUGAGUAGCAGAUUUGGAUAUCAGGAAAUUAAGCCUUAUGGGAUUUUACCUGGUCUCUUGGAUGGUUUUCGAAGGUUAUUUGAACUGGUGGUCAUUGGCUGUUCUUUCACCGGUAGUUUCAUUUAUGAGCUACUAGGAAGCAGACCACAGAGGUAUAUAUUCAUCGCUUUCUUGGUUGCAAUGGUUUUGUUUCUCACACCGACUCAAAGAUCUGCUGUGAUGCACACUCCACGCUCUAUACCUGUUGCGACAUCCACUACACGCACUGUGACACCCAUUACACCCAAUGUCACUGGAAAAUGCUAUGCUAAAGCAGCAGUGGCAGCAGAUUCAGACACUUGCUCAGAGAUUGGAAGGGAUAUCCUGCAGCGUGGGGGUUCAGCAGUGGAUGCUGCUAUCGCUGCUCUGCUGUGUGUGAGUGUGGUUAACCCACAGAGUAUGGGCAUCGGAGGAGGAGUGGUGUUCACCAUAUACAAUGCAUCAAACAGAACGGUGGAGACAAUUAAUGCUCGAGAGACUGCCCCAAUGAAUGCUUCAGAGAACAUGCUUGUCAAUAAAUACUGUAAGAAAUAUGCAGGAUUGUUCAUAGCUGUGCCAGGAGAACUGCGUGGUUAUGAAAUGGCACACGAAAGGCACGGGAAACUGCCAUGGAAAGAGCUAUUUCAGCCUAGUAUAAAGCUGGCAUCAGAGGGGUUUAAGAUUGGCAAAGCCCUGGCCAGAGCCAUCAAGGAGAAAAAAGAAGACUACUGUGACUUUACAGCAUUGCGUGAAAUGUUUUGCAACUCAAACAAUAUCUUCUUCAAGAAAAACUAUACUAUAAGAUUUCCUAAACUGGCUGAAACCUACAGGACAAUAGCAGAAGAUGGAGCAAAAGCUUUUUACAAUGGGUCCCUGACUGAGGACAUAGUGAAUACCAUCAGAAAUAAAGGAGGAAAUAUCACACGUGAAGACCUAAAGAAUUAUACAGCAGUGUUGACAGAGGAUGUAUCGAACUUUACAGUGGGGAAUUACACAUUUUAUGCUCCAACUGCUCCAUUCGGUGGACCUGUGCUCACUCUGAUAAUGAAAAUACUCCUGGGCAACGGUACAAAAGAAUCUCCAGGUUUCAAUCUCACAAACAAAAGUAUGUCCACCACAGAGAAUAAGACUUUGACCUAUCAUCGCAUCAUAGAGGCUUUCCGAUAUGCUGAUGCCCAGAAAAAAAGUCUGUCAGAUCCACUUUAUGUAGACAUCGCUAAGUUUGUCAAAAACAUGAUCUCAGACAGCUUUGCAGACCACAUCAGGAAAUUGAUUAAAGAUGACAUCAAACAAACCAAUUACAGUGUAGUGAUGGACAAGGGCACAUCUCACCUGUCUGUCCUCGCUGAAGACGGCAGUGCAGUGGCGGUGACCAGCAGCAUUAACAACUAUUUUGGUUCUUGUGUGAUGUCAGACUCAGGCAUUAUAUUUAAUGACCAGAUGUCGGAUUUCGGUGGCGCUGAGAAAAAAAAUGAAUCAAAAAACACUAAUAACAAAAUUGAACCAGGUAAAAGGCCACUGUCAUCAAUGUGUCCCACAAUAAUAUUUGAAACAGGCAGCCAAGUUAAAAUGGUGGUCGGAGGUGCAGGAGGGACCAAUAUCACCACAUCUGUGGCUCAGGUGAUCCUAAACUACCUGAUCUUUGGCUAUGACCUGCUGAAGGCUGUUGCAGAACCCAGAGUUCAGAUCCCAGAACAUUGUACACAGGUGGAAAAGAGAUUUGAUAAGUGUGUGAUUGCUGGCUUGAGGAACAAGAAUCACUGUAUUGAUCACAAUACUGAAUUAUCAAUGGUCCAGGUGGUUGCACGACAAGGAGACAAGAUCUGUGCUGUUUCUGACCCGAGGAAUGGUGGAUAUCAGAUGCUGAGCACAGCUUCUGUGUUUCUGCUGCUGUUGUCAACCAUAUUUUUUUUGUGAAAUAGCAGUCCAAUAGCAGCUCCAGAUCUGUUUGUUUGGGUGUAGUAUAGAUGCUAAUAAACAGGGCCUAAAAUUAACACUUGCUAAGCACUAAAUUACCGGUUGGUUAGUUACACAUACACAUGAUUUAUUCGGAGUGCAAUGGUCAAAUGGCAGAGAUUUGUCUGUAAUUACAAAUAUAUGUAAAGCGAAGCAAAACAUUGUUAUAUUUUGAUGAGUGCAGCUCUUAAUAACAGUUUUCACUAAUAAUAAUACUUAAAAAAUAAAGACAAACAAUUAUGUUUAUUAUUAUUAUUAUUAGUAGUAGUAGUAGUAGCAGUAGUAGUAUUGACUCCAAAUCAGUAACGUUUUUCGAUGACAUAUACUUUUGACAAUUGAACAUGAACCAAAAUGCAUCAGUCAUUUCAAAUUAGAAGAAGUGAGAUAUUGCACAUACAGUUUAAAGGCAUGUAAAAAUAUCCACAUGGUACAUUUUUACAGAUCAAAUCAGUAGCCAUUGGCAUGUGCGGCAAAAUGUUAGUUUUAGACCCAGCUAAUAAAACUGGAGCAGGUAAAACCUUGUGUUACAUUGUAAAAAGGUUUUUGAUUUUCACAGAAGAAUUCCAGCUGUUUUUUCUUUAUUAUUAUUAAGCUGUCUUAAUGCUGUUGCUUUAAAAUUUGCUUAAAAUUUACAUACCAAUAAAUAUAUACUCAAGGCAAAGUUGAUAGGUGCAUUGCAAAAAGAUAUACGGUUGAAGUCAGAGUUAUUCGCCCCCUUUGAAUUUCUUUUUCUUUUUGAAACUGUAUUUCAUUGGUUUUAACUGUAAAUGGUUCAUGUGUGUUAAAAUUUAAAGGGUAAAUAAAGGAUUUCAUAUAAA